UUUACACUGAAUCACAAAAGAAAGCAACCACUUGCCUCAGUUAAACACAAGUUUUUGCUGUGUUUUUACUUUUGUACAACAUUGUAAUUUUGAAAACAAAUUCGACCAACUGCUGAAAUGUGUGCAAUAUUCUCAUUUUUGUUUGGAUUUUCUGUGCGUAAACACAUAUCUGGUUAAUUUUAGUGCAUUGUUAAGUUAGAAUGGCCCGAAAGCAUUUAACAUUGCUUGAAAAAACUGAGGUAUUAAAGAAGCUGUCAGCAGGUACUUCGGCAACGUUUUUGGCCAAAAAAUAUGGAAUAGCCAGAUCUACCGUAAGUUCCAUAUAUAAAAAGAGGGACAAUAUAACAGCUACGGCGACUCAGAAUUAUUGUGGCCCUGGAAAAAGAAAAACUUUGAGGACAUCCGAACUUCCAGAUGUAGAAAAAAGGCUGUAUAAAUGGUUCUUGGAGCAACGUAGAAAGAAUCUGCCUGUGAGUGGACUGAUAUUGAAACAAAAAGCGAUUUCCAUACUGGACAAAAUAAAUGGCAACAGAUAUGGUUUUGUUGCAAACGAUGGUUGGCUACAAAAAUUUAAAAAAAGGUAUGGAGUUCGAUAUCUGAAAAUAUCCGGAGAGAAGCUAUCUUCUCAACCAGAACUGGUCUGCCCUUUUAAACGAGUUCUUCAAGAAAAAAUAAAGAAUAUGGAUCUCAAGCCAGAUCAAAUAUAUAACGCUGAUGAGUCAGGUUUAUAUUGGAAGCUUCUUCCUGGAAAAACAUAUGUUUCGUGGGCUGAGAAGACUGCUCCAGGGAGAAAAGCCGAAAAACAAAGAAUUACUUUCAUGGCUUGCACCAAUGCUUCAGGUCGCCAUAAAGUAAAACCUCUUGUAAUUGGAAAAGCCAAAAAUCCUCGCCCAUUUAGAAAUGUGUGCUUGCCCGUACAUUACCGACACUCCAAAUCAGCUUGGAUGACAGGAGCAAUAUUUAAAGACUGGUUUCAUAAUUUAUUUGUUCCAGAAGUUCAAAACUUUCUUAAAAAUAAUGAUUUACAACUUAAAGCUCUUCUUAUUUUGGAUAACGCUCCUAGUCACCCUCCGGAAAAUCAGCUGCAAACAUCAGAUGGCUGCAUAACAGUCAUCUAUAUGCCACCAAAUGUAACUCCACUCAUUCAACCGAUGGACCAAAACGUAAUCCGACUGACAAAACUUUUUUAUAGAAAAAGCUUGUUAUUGUCAAUUAUUGAAGCUGAAAAAGAAAAUAUUUACGAAGCGGUAAAAGAAAUCACGAUCAAGGAUGCGGUGUUCAAUUUACGAUCGGCUUGGGAUAGCUUGGAUGGUGCGGUCAUUGCAAAGUGUUGGAAAAAUAUUUUUGAAUCCAACGAACAUUUUGAUGAGGAAGAUGAUAUUCCCCUUAGUGUUCUUAGGCAACAGGACAUCAAAAAAAUUUCUGAAGAGGUGAUUAAUCUACUCAAUCAUCUAAACGAAGGCAUAACGCAUACACCUGGUGACAUAGGCAAUUGGAACGAAGAUAAAGUCUUGUCGGAUAUUGAAGAAGCCGAAAACGAAAACGAAAACGAAGAAGAAGAUGUGCAGUUGGUAAUGGAGCGACCAACAUGUUCCGUUUCUUCAAAGGAUGCUGUCAUUCUCUUUGAUAAGAUAAUUGAGUGGGCGGGACAUAAUAAUACAGACUUUUCUGAUAUUAUGGUCAUGAAACGAUUACAAGAAAAAGCCAUUCAAAUUAAUUUAAAUUUAAGAAAAAGUCAGACAAAAGUGAAAAACUACUUUCCAAAAAUGUAAUUCUUUUUUCGUUUUUUAUGAGUUAAAAUGUUUUUGUUUUAUGUUAUUUUAUAAAAAUAUAUAUUAUGAAUUGUUUUUGUUUUUGUUUUGCUGUUUCUUGAUUAAAAUGUUUGUUUAUUGAUUAAAUAAAUAUAAUUACCUUCACACUGAACAAAAUGUGCAUUUUUGAUCAAAUUUAACUUUGGAAAGCGUUUCUAGCCUCCCGCUCGAAAUAGUGAACAAUCUCGAAAUAGUGAACAUGGCUGGUUUUUAU